AUGGGACGGAGGAAGGAGAAGAUCCCACCACCCGGGACGAACAAAGACCCGACAACAAAUUUUUACUCGAGGAAGAAGUGGCGUAUGGUUUUCCUUUCCAAUGUUUUGGAGCUACAGGGAAAGAAGCUCAUACCUCGGGGUAUGCAAAUCAUUGGUAAUGCGCUCAUGAAGAACAGACACGUUGUGAAGUUGGAGUUAGCGCAUAACGAUAUUGGUGACGCGGGCGCAAUUACACUGGCGGAACUUCUGCGACGCAACGAUACCAUUCAACACCUGAACUUAGCACAAAAUAAAGUAACAGAUGUGGGUGGUAUCGCUCUGGCGAGUGCUUUCAUUCCCAAUGUAAGUCCUAACGGGCAGGCGGGUUUGUGGAACCGCACGCUGUUUACACUUGUUUUGAGUGGGAAUGAGAUGGGUGAUGCCACUUUACUUGCAAUCAGCAAAGCAGCGGCAUGUCACCGGGACCUCAUGCGUGUUGAUCUCAGUUGGAACAAAAUUGGGCCGCUGGGAACAAAGUGCCUCGGGCGAUCGAUGCAACGAAACCCGAACUGUACGUACAUUUUGAUAGGGAAUCAGAUCGGGGAUGAGGGGACAGAGCACCUCUGCGAAGCCCUAAAAAGAUACUCCGGAAAGGGCACUUCUUCCCUCAAUCUGUUACGAAAUGACGUUCGUUAUAGAGGUGCCAAAGCCGUUGGGCGCUUAAUCGAAAAUAAUGAAUAUAUUCUCGACGUAAGUUUGCAUAGCAACACUCUUGGGUUGCGAGGCAUGCAGGAGAUCCGUCAUCACUUGACCAGCGCGCCAAAUCGCCUGAGGUCGCUUAAUCUCUCAAAUUGCAUGCUUGGUGACAGCGGAGCUGAAGAACUUGCUUUACUGAUUGAUGCCGAUUUACCAACUUUAGAGCGGCUUAGCGCUUCUGAUAAUGACCUAACUGAUAUUGGGGGUGUUGCCAUUGUCAAGGCGCUUAUGACCAAUAAUUCGUUGGUUGCCGUAAACUGUUCAGGCAACUCCUUUGGUGCCGAAACUGUAGAACUAACAAUGAAGCUGGUUGAGAAGGCAAAGGUGCUCAAACAGCUGGACUUCACCAACUCAAUUGAAUCUAGUGAUAUGCGUCGGACUCUUGCAUUUGCUGCAAGCGAUGCUGAUGGCCUCAGUAUCGAUGUGGGCGAAAUGCAAGAGGAUACUUAUGAGGGUACUGUGCAACGCAUUACUGAGCACAUGCAGCUUACCCUCGACGCCGAGGCUGAGAGAGCAAAAAGCAGAAAAGGCAAGAAAAGGGGAAAGAAGGCUGCAAGCACUUAG